UCAACUGGUCUGUUUCCGUCCUAAAUCGUUAACGAAACCCUACGUUCUUGAACGCACCCCAGAUGUAAGUUGUUGUAGCAACGAGCUAAGCCAUGCCUGCAGCUGAAGCGUCUGUUGUUUCUAGUCCUAGACACAGUUGUUUCAAUUAAUGGUAAAUAAAUCAUCAAAUGUGGCUAGUUUUUGGCUCCAAAUAUUGACUAACAAGUUGAACAACGUCGUAUGUCCUGUAUUGGGUACAUUAGAUAGCCAAGUUAGCACUAUCAAGUACCCAUACAGGCACAUCUUUGCUGGAGCAAUGUCUGCAGUCAGCAGCCUGGUCCCGGCUCGAUUCCUGACUCUCACUGCUCACCUCGUCAUCGUCAUCACCAUUUUCUGGUCACGGGUAUGUUCACGAGUUCUGAGUACUGUGAAGGAGAACAAUGUUGAAGCUUGCCUGCCUUUGGAUUUCACACAGGACCAAUACGACAAGGAGGACACCAAGUUGGUGGUAGCGUUGUCAGUCACCAUGGGUCUGUUUGCUAUAGAGCUGGCUGGCUUCUUCUCUGGUGUGUCUAUGUUCAACUGCACCCAGGGCCUCCUCUCGACUGCAGCCCAUGCCAGUGCCUCUUUGGCUCUGCUGUUCUUUCUGUUUGAACAAUGGGCAUGUGAAAUAUACUGGUGGAUCCUUGCUUUCUGCAGUGUUCUCCCUGCGUUUGUGGAGAUCCUACUCUUCAUCGCAGUGUUCGGACUGAAGAAGAAGCCACUAUAACCGAGAGCAGUGUUUCACAUCGAUGUUCGGUCUGGAAUGUAGUGUCCAUCCUUCCCAGCACUUGUACACAGCUGCGCAAGUGUAUGACACAUUGUGACUGUUCAACAGUGUCAAGGAGACAUAUCGGAUGUUAGUGAUGUUGGAUGGUGAUCGUAGUGACAAAGACAAAGGAGCUGGUUAAGAUGUGGGUGGUCGUAGCUGCAGUAUCCGAUACGGUGACAGCAUAGGUUCGAAUCUGGCCUUCUGACACAACCUUUCUCUAUCCAUCAAUAGUCAGAUUAUUUUAUUAAUUAAUUUAAAGCUGUGGUCUGUGUUUCAGGAUUCAACAGUUGUGUGGACUGUGGACGUUGUAGAUGGAAACAGAGCUACUGUAUGUACCAAGUGUAGGAGUUAUUGUUACAUAUAGAGGCGGAUAUCACACUAUUGAGCAAAGGAGGAGAAGGCAACACGUGAGUGCAUUUGCCAUUCUGGUAAAAACAGGAAACCAAAGAUUAAACAGAUAGUAAAAUGGCCGAAGCCAUACGUGCUUUAAAGUGCAUUUAUGGAAAGAGCAGGACACCAUUAUGAAGAUUAAAUAGAGAGGAAAGGCCAUAAGUGCUUAGGGUAAAGGCCAUAAGUGCUUAGGGUAAAGGCCAUAAGUGCUUAGGGUAAAGGCCAUAAGUGCUUAGGGUAAAGGCCAUAAUUGCUUAGGGUAAGAUAGACAUAUAUUAAUUUUAGGACACGAGAGGGUCCUGCCACCAUUAUAAUCUAAUCAAGAGCGGAUACAGCCAUUAUUGGGCGUAAACAAGCAGGAAGCCGAAAUAAAGGAUAAUGGUGGCAGAUGACUUAGGAGAAGUAAUUUAAUUAACAUAUGUGAUGAACUCAUGUGCUGUGUGUGUAUAAAGACAGAGCCAGUGCUCUGGGAAGGUGUGUGUCCCGCGGACCAUCUAGGCUAAUGAUAUACUUUGUAUUAAAGCCUAUAUUGAUUUCACAA